CAUUCACAUCAUUCACCUCCCCUGCUCCCGAUCCUAGGGAUGACAUCAUAUCCCAACUCGACCCCUGGUCCUUCUUCCCCCAUCGAAUUAACCGCAUUCCCGUUUAUUCGAUGAUGGCAUUCGACACGUAUGUGUGUAGGUAUGUAUAUGCCCGUGGAGUCUCGCUUCGGUUACUGCCGUGCGACUGUAUCACGACCCCCUCGUCGAUUGGUGUGUACAUAUUUGGUAUAUAUAUAUGACCUAUAUAUUCGGUAUGGGCAACCCAUAUAAACAUUUUCCCCCUACAUUAUAGUUGAAUACCUACUCAAUACCCAGUAAAACAUAUCAUCCUCUUAAAACACAUAAGACGAAGUGCUUAACCUAGUCCCUUUCUCUCUACCUAAGUUAAGAACAAACAAUCCUCCUAUUUAAUACCACACACAACAUGGUAAAUCUCGCCCCAGUCAACCCGCGCAACUACAUGCCCUCGCGGGCCCACCCAGAACACCGCUCACGGCGCAAGGAGCUCGAAAAAGAGCACCCAUUUACGUGGAAAGAGCCGUUAGUACUAGGCAUGAUCGGCAUCGGACUAGCCUGGAACAUCGAGAAGCAAGUCCAGAAGCACGAAGAGCGGAAGGGGCGCGAGGAGCAGCAGGGCCGAGAGAACAGCGAUCGUCGUCGUCGAAGAAGAGACCAAGAAAGCCGUGACGGCUCAUACGAUCCUUCGAGCCAGGGCGGCGAGAGCAGGAGGAGCGAGAGCACUAGAGACGGCGAGGACAGGCGGAGGAGCCAACAUAGGAGCGGCGGCAGCGAUCACAGCGUAGGGAAGGACACGGCGGACCUCGAGCGCAGCAGAAGAAGCACUCGUGACCGCGUGCAGUCGGUUGAUAUGAGACGGCACGAGGACCCGAGGUAUAUCACGAACGACCGGUAUUACGAGCAAUCUCGGUACGACAGGGGAUACAACGACGACAACCGGAAAGAAUGGGAUCGGGAGUAUCGCGGUAGAAGAAGCCGUCGCGACUCCUGGUGAUAAUCCCAACAAUAUCGCGCAUCACUCUCCAUCAAGGCCCAGCCCC